GUAAGAAAUACGUACAGGCAUAAGCCUACGUCAGAUAGCAGAACAUAACUCCGCCUGACUCACCAAAUAUUCUGCCAUUUGUGUGUAUACCGCAGUCAUCACGGUUGCUCCUUCUCGAAGAUAAACCAAAGCGGAUAGAAACAGGUUGUUUUAGGCGCCAAAAUCAUUCUAGAAGCCCCAGCGACAGGUCAAGCCAGCCAAAGGCAAAGGCAAAGACAAGAAGAGCACCCUCACCACCGAUUCCCGCUCCCCGUCGGCAUUCUCGCCAAACGUGAAGAUGAAGGUGAGGCUGGAGAACGAGAAAAGAUGCUGGGCCUGCGGGUUAGAAGUAGUGGAUAUCGCUCAUAUCAUUGCCAAGGAAGACAGCGCUUUCGAUGUUCUUCAAGCCAAAGGCUUGAUCAAUUUCGAUGUUACCUCUACCCAAAAUGCCAUGGCACUGUGCCCGGUGUGCCACAGGCUCUACGAUGACGGUUGGGAUCCCGGUUUUACGUUCUGGCCUGUAGACCUUGAUUUCUUUAUCCGGUUCGAGUUGCGAGAUAGAGCCCGACGACGACGCCUCCCCCCGACUGAGCAGCGACAGCGGAGAGUACCCACCGCUAGACAGUACCAGUUCCACCAGAAGGGGACCGAUAAAGAAGGAUGGGGAAUGUAUCAACGCGUCUAUCUCAACGACAGCAAGUUGAGCAUGUUCAUUAAAGACGAGCCAACUAAGGCAUGGAGCGGGUCCCCUAUGGCGGCCCUACGAAGGGCUAUUGGGGCCAUCGGAAGCCCCCGAAGCUUCAGGUUUCCUCCCAAUGUCAUCGAAAAACUACGGAUUCUACAGGACCUCUAUUACGGGCCCGAAGAUGAAGAGGCUGAAGUUGAGAAAAAACACGGGCUAGACCCGUUCGAGGAGCCAGAUGAUGAUAUCGAUCUUAUCGAAGAAGAGGAGGAGGAAGGCGAAGAAGACGAGGAUGAUGAGGAAGAAGAAUGGGUCCCGCCAGCAAAGCGGAGAACCCCGCGGCGUCAGGCAGACGCCAAAUUCGACUAUUACAAUUGGAGCUGGGACUUCGGUCCCGAGUCCUCGUCCGAGGACAAACGGAAGCAAUUUUCUGUUCCUGAACUUCUUGGACCGCGCCCAUUGUAGGGUUAGUUAUGGCCGGUAUGUGUUUUGGUUUUUGGUGUUCUUGUAGCUCUUAGAGAGUAUAUACUUAGCUUUAUACCAUUCCCACUCAUAAAGACUGGAGAUUUCGACAUUGAUAUUGUCAAGCAUAAUAGGGUUUGUAGAUGGUAAUCAAGUAUUUUCACCCAGC